AGCAAUAAAAACAUCCGGGUCCACGUAGAGACCAGAGUGAAAAGAUCUUAUUCCCGCAGCCAAGGGCCACUCCCUCUUUCUGUUUGUAUGUGUGUGAGUGAGAAAGAGAAAAAGAGGGAAAGGCAAGACAGACCGACCGAGUGGGAAGUAGGUCAUAUUAGAAGUGGAGUGGCCUCUGAGGACUUGAGAGCGUCUGCAUCCAGGGAGAAGGGAAGAAAAAGAGGAAUCUUCUUGAACUGUCUGGACCUUCACUGCACCGGGUAUAACUUCAUUUCCUCUGAACUUUUCAAAAGGAGACAGACUUUGGAACCAGCUAACAGCCAUGUACAAUCAAGGUGGACAAGGGUUCCCUCAGCAACCAGUAGGAACAUUUCAAGGCCCUCCAGUACAUACAGGUCCUGGCCCUGCUGGAUUUCCUGUCUAUCAACAACCUGUCGCCUUUUCUAAUCAACCUCAGCCUGGUAUGCCUCCACCAACACAAUGGAUACCAGCACCACCACCAAUGAAUUGUCCACCUGGACUGGAAUAUUUAACUCAGAUAGACCAAUUACUGAUCCACCAGCAAAUUGAACUUCUGGAAGUGCUCACAGGUUUUGAAACCAACAACAAAUAUGAAAUUAAGAAUAGCCUUGGGCAGAGGGUUUACUUUGCAGCAGAGGAAAAUGAUUUCUGUACUCGAAACUGCUGUGGAUCCUUAAGACCUUUUGUGAUGAAAAUUCUGGACCAUUCCAACCGGGAAGUGAUACAGUUUGAGAGACCUUUGAGAUGUGCUUCCUGUUGUUUCCCCUGCUGCCUGCAGAAGUUGGAAAUACAGUCACCUCCUGGUGUACCAAUAGGUUAUGUUGUCCAAACAUGGCACCCUUUUUUGCCAAAGUUGGCAGUUCUAAAUGAGCACCAAGAGGAGGUGUUGAAAAUCGUUGGCCCAUGUAUUGCUUGCAGUUGUUGUUCAAACAUUGACUUUGAUAUAAAAUCUCUUAAUGAAGAUGCAAUAGUUGGGAAAAUUACAAAACAAUGGACAGGAUUUGUAAAAGAAGCAUUUACAGAUUCAGAUAACUUUUCAAUUCAGUUCCCAAUAGACCUUGAUGUGAAAAUGAAGGCUGUCAUGCUGGGUGCUUGCUUCCUCAUCGACUUUAUGUUUUUUGAAAAAAGUGGAGGUGGUGGCUCAAGGGCAGGAGUAUGGCAAUAAUUGGAUGGAUUUCUCCCUACUUUCAUUUGAAGGACUUGUACUGGGACAUAUGAAUUGGAAAUAUAAUGGGAUUUUUAAAAAAUCAACUUAAAAAUUGUAUACUUAUAUUGACAGGCUCUCUAUAAGGUUAACAUCCUCAGGUUUAUGCUAUUUUUUUCAUACUAUGGAAUAGACCCUUCCUUGGUUUCCCCAUAUGUAAAAUAAGGAAGAUGGAUUAUAUGACCUAUAAGG